AUGGCUGCUACAGCAUGUGGCUUUGACGUCGUGUUUGUAGAACCGCUCGCUGACAGGCUGACAUGCCCUGUCCGUCAUUUAGCAUUUAGAAAACCAACUCUACCUAGAUGUGGCCACAACUUUUGCACCAGCUGCUUGACGCAAUGUCUACAACAGUCUGCUUCUUGCCCCGUGUGUAGGAUGCCAUUAGAAGAAUCGAAUACUUUCCCCAACAAUGCACUGAAAAGAGAAAUACUGGACUUGAAGAUCAAAUGUUGUUUACAUGAGAAAGGAUGUGCGUGGACUGGUGAACUAAGAGAUAGCGAGAUGCAUGACAGAGAAUGUCAGUAUGUGGACGAUGCUUGUGUGAAUGGAUGUGAGCAACUAGUAAUGCGAAGAAACAUGGAUAAUCAUGUAGCAAAUCAGUGUCCUCAACGACUGAUCUCUUGCAAGCAUUGUAACAUCAUUGUGAAACAAGUAGAAAUGGAAAAUCAUUAUGAAGAGUGUGACCAGUAUCCUAUAGACUGUACAUACAAGUGUGGCAUGAUGGUAGAAAGAUGUCGAAUGGAAUAUCAUAUUGGCAGGCAGGGAACAUGUCCAAAAAGUCUUCUUGAUUGUGAUUUCAAAGACAAUGGCUGUCAAUUUCAAGGAUAUCGUCAUGAUUUAUGUAGACAUGUUGAAAACAACAUUGGUUUGCAUCUUAGUUUAAUUGGAGAACUAAAAGCUACUAAAGAUGAACUGGAAAAAACUAGAAAAGAACUGACCGAAGCUACAGCAAAAAUUUCUAAUCAGAUUCAUGGGUGCCUGUCUCUUUUUCCACAAAUAUCAGAAAAGUUUUUCUUCACUUGGACCGUAAAUGACUGGCAUGAGAAUAUGAAUGCUUUAGACAACUAUGUGUUGUUUAGCAAGCCAUUCUACGUUCCUCCUGGGUAUCACUUGUACCUUACAGCUUAUCCAAACGGACAGAAUGCUGACAUCAGAGGCUAUCUUAGUCUUUUUCUAUUUUCAACUGAAGGUGAUUUUGACAAUGAAGUCAAAUGGCCAUUUCCCUUUUCUUUUGAUUUUGAACUUGUAGACCAACAAGUUGAGAGGAAAAAUAUUUGCAAGAAAAUAUCGCCACCAUAUGGAAAUGCACUGACGUCCUCUACAUGUGCUAUCGGUUUUGGUCAUAAAGAGAUUGUUUCUCAUGGCAGAUUGAAGUCACGUUGUUACAUCAAAAAUAAUGCAAUUUGCAUAGAACUGCAUGUUCAUCUCAAAUAUGCAUAUGUUGUUCGUGUGAAUGGCUGUGAGAAAUUAUCUAUGAGAAAUAACAUGGAUGAACACGUGACCAAUCAACGAGUGAUCUCAUGUGUUUAUUGUAAUCUAAAAAUAGAACAGGUUGUACAGGAUCAUUACGACGAGUAUGACAAGUAUCUUCUAGACUGCAUAUACAAGUGUGGCAUGAUGGUUCAGAGAUGUCAAAUGGAAUAUCAUAUUGGCAUGCAAGGAACAUGUCCCAGGAGUCUUCUUGAUUGUAAAUUCAAAGACAGUGGUUGUCGGUUUAGAGGAAGUCGUGGUGACUUACACAAACACAUUGCAGACAACGUUGUCUUGCAUCUCAAGCAUGCGCACGGAUACGCCCCUCUCAUGGCUGCUGCAACACGUGGCUUUGACGUCGUGUUUGUAGAACCGCUCUCUGACAGGCUGACAUGCCCUAUCUGUCAUUUAGCAUUUAGAGAACCAACUCUAACUCGAUGUGGCCACAACUUUUGCACCAGCUGCUUGACGCAAUGUCUACAACAGUCUGCUUCUUGCCCCGUGUGUAGGAUGCCAUUAGAAGAAUCGAAUACUUUCCCCAACAAUGCACUGAAAAGAGAAAUACUGGACUUGAAGAUCAAAUGUUGUUUACAUGAGAAAGGAUGUGCGUGGACUGGUGAACUAAGAGAUGGUGAGAUGCAUGACAGAGAAUGUCAGUAUGUGGACGUUGCUUGUAUGAAUGGAUGUGAGCAACUUGUAAUGCGAACAAACAUGACUAAUCAUGUAGCAAAUCAGUGUCCCCAACGACUGAUCUCUUGCAAGCAUUGUAACAUCAUUGUGAAACAAGUAGAAAUGGAAGAUCAUUACGAAGAGUGUGACCAGUAUCCUAUAGACUGUACAUACAAGUGUGGCAUGAAAGUACAAAGAUGUCGAAUGGAAUAUCAUAUUGGCAGGCAGGGAACAUGUCCAAAGAGUCUUCUUGAUUGUGAUUUCAAAGACAAUGGCUGUCAAUUUCAAGGAUAUCGUCAUGAUUUAUGUAAACACGUUGAAAACAACAUUGGUUUGCAUCUUAGUUUGAUUGCCAGUGCACUUAAAGAAACAAAACAGAAAUCAGCUGCUAGUGAACUCAAACUAGAACACGAACUGAAUAUUGCAAAAGGAGAACUAACAGCUACUAAAGAUGAACUGGAAAAAACUAGAAAAGAACUGACCGAAGCUACAGCAAAAGUUUCUAAUCAGAUUCAUGGGUGUCUGUCUCUUUUUCCACAAAUAUCAGAAAAAUUUUUCUUCACUUGGACCAUAAAUGACUGGCAUGAAAAUAUGAAUGCUUUAGACAACUAUAUGUUGUUUAGCAAGCCAUUCUACGUUCCUCCUGGGUAUCACUUGUACCUUAAAGCUUAUCCAAACGGACAGAAUGCUGACAUCAGAGGCUAUCUUAGUCUUUUUCUAUUUUCAACUGAAGGUGAUUUUGACAAUGAAGUCAAAUGGCCAUUUCUCUUUUCUUGUGAGUUUGAACUUGUAGACCAACAAGUUGAGAGGAAAAAUAUUUGCAAGAAAAUAUCACCACCAUAUUCAAAUGCACUGACGUCUUCUACAUGUGAUGUGGGUUUUGGUUAUGAAGAAUUUGUUUCUCAUGGCAGAUUGAAGUCACGUUGUUACAUCAAAAAUAAUUCAAUUUGCAUGAAACUACAUGUUCAUCUCAAGGUUGGAGAUGAUCUUAACUGACACAAAUAUUUCAAAUAUUAUUGAUGUCUGGACUUUAUACUGAGAUGUUUAGUUGAUCUGUCACUGCUUUUAGUACUGUUUGCUGUUAAUAAACCAUAAUAAUA